AUGGAUGAAGAAGAUUGUUUUAUAAAAAAAGAAGCUCCAGGUAGCUUCAAGUCUGAAAAUGUUGCAUCCAAUUCAUCGUUCAUGACAGACGACAAGGGCUUAGAAUUCACGGAGAAACAUGGAGACCUGGGUGACAUGACAUUUCGUAUGGCCAAUUACAUUAAAGAUGUUAUGAAAAUGAUGUUCAUAAUGCGUAGCCAUCAUAUGCUCACCGAUGUUGUACUGGAAGUAGGCUCGGAAUUGUUCUACGCGCACAAAGUUAUUUUAGCCGCAGCUAGUCCAUAUUUUAAGGCAAUGUUCACAGGAGGUUUGAAAGAGUCUGAAAUGACCAGAGUAAAACUUCAAGGUGUCUCUCCGACAAGCAUGGCGCGUCUCCUGUACUUUAUGUAUACAGGUCAAGUAAGAGUUACAGAGAUUACAGUGUGUUCGCUUUUAUCGGCAGCCACCAUGUUCCAGGUUAGUAAUGUGAUUGAUGCGUGUUGUGUUUUCUUGGAAAGACAGUUAGAUCCAACGAAUGCUAUUGGAAUUGCAAAUUUUGCCGAACAACACGGCUGUCAGAGUUUGUAUCAAAAAGCGAAUCAGUUUAUUGUUCAACAUUUUAGUCAAAUAUGUCAAGAGGAAGAGUUUCUACAGUUAUCAGCGAUACAGUUGAUAACGCUAGUGAGAAAGGAUGAGCUGAAUGUUCAGGAAGAGAGAGAAGUUUACAACGCUGUGUUAAAGUGGGUCAAGUACAAUGAAGAAGCAAGAGGGCCUAAAAUGGAGCACAUACUGCACGCAGUUAGAUGCCAGUAUCUUACACCGAACUUUUUACGAGAACAAAUGAAGAAUUGCGACGUUUUGAAGAAAGUACCUGCGUGCCGGGAAUACUUGGCACAAAUCUUUAAGGAUUUAACCCUUCAUAAGAAACCGAUCGUUAAAGAAAGAACACCCAAUACGCGAAGAGUGAUAUAUAUAGCGGGUGGUUUCUUGAAACAUUCUUUAGACGUUUUAGAGGGUUACAAUGUGGAUGAAAAAACUUGGACCCAACACGCGAAACUGAUUGUUCCUAGGUCUGGUUUGGGCGGAGCGUUCUUAAAGGGUAUGUUUUACGCAGUCGGUGGAAGAAAUAAUUCACCAGAGAAAACAUACGACAGUGAUUGGGUAGACAGAUAUAAUCCAGUGAUGGAUCAAUGGAGAACUUGUAGUCCAAUGUCCAUGCCAAGACAUCGGGUAGGAGUGGCUGUGAUGGAUGGUUUGUUAUACGCUGUCGGUGGUAGCGCAGGUGCAGAAUAUCACAAUAGCGUUGAAUGUUACGAUCCAGAGCACGAUGCGUGGAGCAACGUAAAACCGAUGCACAUCAAGAGGUUAGGGGUUGGAGUAGCGGUAGUUAACAGAUUAUUGUACGCCAUUGGUGGCUUCGAUGGAGUGGAUCGACUGAACUCAGUGGAAUGUUACCAUCCUGAAAACGACGAAUGGACAAUGGUUUCAUCUAUGAAGUGCAGUCGUUCAGGAGCUGGUGUUGCUAACCUUGGACAGUACAUAUAUGUUGUAGGAGGAUACGAUGGAACUAGACAAUUGAAUUCUGUUGAGAGAUACGACACGGAGAAAGAUACGUGGGAAUUUGUUAGUAGCGUUACUAUUGCUCGUAGCGCACUCAGUGUUACAGUACUAGAUGGAAAAUUGUACGCGAUGGGAGGAUACGAUGGUGAACACUUUUUAAGUAUUGUAGAAAUUUACGAUCCUGCUAAAGAUACAUGGGAACAGGGUGUUCCCAUGACUUCAGGAAGAUCAGGUCAUGCGAGUGCAGUGUCUUAUCAUCAGUGUCCUAUACACUGUGAUCAUUUAGAUCACAAUAUAUCGUUAGAAAAGCCACCAUCGUGA